AUGGCGAGCUUUUUGGAAGAAAUCAAAUCAGCAAAAUUGAAGAAAUCAGACCAUGAAAUCAAAGAUUAUUCCAGUCCCAAAUUGGCAGGAUUUAUAUCAAAACAGGAAAUUACCGAUUAUCAAAACACCUGCUUGGAUGUGAACACAGAAAUGUGGCUGCAUUUUCUUCAGGAUAUUACAUUCCCUUCACAAUUCUGUGAAGUCAAAAUGAAGGAAGCUGAAACAUUUAUAAAAAUUUUUGAGAGAUUAUUUCGAAAUUUAAAUCCAGCACAAAUUGCAAAAGUGGAUUUGUGGUCGAAAUUAGAAGUUGAAGAACAUGAAAUUAUUGAUAGUCUUUCUCAACGUCUUGAUGUCGUUUUAAAAGACGUUAUUUCUCGUUCUGCUGAAGGUUUUGCAUUUGUUAAAACUUCCAGCCGUAGUCCGAAAGAUGCGCCGAUGGCUAUGAAAAGGUUUGGAGAAGUGUAUAAAAUGUUUUUGAAUAAAUUACCUGAGGAAAAGCGACAGAAUGAAAAUGAUCAGAUAGUUGCUUUACUUCAAGCAGCGUUUGAAGCGAUGAAGGUUUCGACGUCAAAGGAAGUGAUGCAAUUCAUGUUGUCGAGCGAAAGAAUUUAUCAAGAUCUACUUUUAGCGUUAGAAAUUAAAGAGCGUUACCACGAAAAUUUUGUG